UUCCUGGUUAGUUCCGUGUUGCCAAUGUAGUUGAAAAAGUACAGUUGUACUUCUUUUAUUUACUUUUCUCAAACAGGUAUCGUUUUAUUCCAUCCGGGAAAAUGUCGGACCGCGGUGCUUUCGAUACCAAUGCGAUCACUCUGACCAGAUUUGUGUUAGAGGAGGGAAGAAAAGUGAAAGCCACAGGGGAACUGACCACCCUCCUGAAUGCAAUGUGUACGGCUAUUAAAGCAAUCUCGAGUGCUGUGAGGAAAGCAGGCAUCGCUCACCUGUACGGCAUUGCUGGCAAUACAAACAUAACAGGGGACCAGGUAAAGAAGCUGGAUGUCCUUUCCAAUGACUUGGUCAUUAACAUGCUCAAAUCCUCCUUCACCUCCUGUGUGUUGGUCACUGAGGAGAACGACGACGCCCUUAUAGUGGAGCCAGAGAGCAGGGGUAAAUAUGUGGUCUGCUUCGAUCCUCUGGAUGGAUCCUCCAACAUUGACUGCCUGGCUUCCAUCGGGACCAUCUUUGCGAUUUAUAAAAAGUGCACAGAUGAUGAGCCAAGUGAAAAGGAUGCCCUGCAGCCUGGCAGAAACCUAGUGGCUGCUGGGUACGCGCUGUACGGCAGUGCCACCAUGAUAGUGCUCUCAACCGGCCAAGGUGUUAACUGCUUCAUGAUGGACCCUGCAAUUGGGGAAUUCAUUUUAGUAGAACGAGAUGUGAAAAUCAAGAAAAAGGGGAAUAUUUACAGUCUCAAUGAGGGCUAUGCUAAGUAUUUUGACCCUGAUGUGACUGAAUACAUACAGAAGAAGAAAUUCCCAGAGGAUGGCAGUGCGCCCUACGGUGCACGCUACGUGGGCUCCAUGGUAGCAGAUGUGCAUAGGACACUUGUUUAUGGAGGAGUUUUCCUCUACCCUGCCAAUGUGAAGAGUCCUAAAGGAAAGCUCCGACUCUUGUAUGAGUGCAACCCCAUGGCCUUCAUCAUUGAGCAGGCUGGUGGAAUGGCCACCACAGGUGCCAUGAACGUGUUGGACAUCCAGCCUGAAAGCAUCCAUCAGAGGGCUCCGGUGGUCCUGGGAUCCCUGGAUGAUGUUAAAGAGUACAUCUCCAUCUACCAGAAACAUCACAAGUGACCAAAUUCUAAACCAACAAAGUGACCAAACAUCAAAUUCCAAUCACUCUUAUCUGAGAUAAAAUCUAUAACAAUCAUUUCAUGUAAAUUCAGUUUGUUGCAAUCUACUCAAGAAUGUAACAGAGCUAAGAAGCCAUACUCCAAGAACCACUAAUGUCACAUUUGCACUCAGUGGAAAAUGUUUACCCAAAGACGGACCAUGUUUUAUGCCUUAGCAAUAAAAAUGAAGUGCCUUUUCUGUUUUUCUGUAUUUUAUAAUAAAGGAAAAAUAAUAAAUUCA